CGCGGGCCAGGGGCGGAGCCCGCCGCUUCUCGCCGCCGCCAUCGCCAUGGGCUGGGAGGAGAAGCAGGUCCACGGGUACCCCGAGUUCGUGCAGACGGCGCAGCGCUACCACGGCCGGCCCAUCUUCGCGCUCUUCUGCGGCGACAAGGAUGCCGAGGGCAGGAGCUGGUGCCCGGACUGCGUGACGGCUGAACCGGUUGUGAGGAAGGAACUUCAUAACAUGCCUGAUGAGUCUGUAUUCAUCUACUGCCUGGUAGGAGACAGAGCCUACUGGAAAGAUCCCAACAAUGAAUUCAGGAAGAAUCUGAAACUAACAGGAGUACCUACACUACUUAAAUAUGGAACACCUCAGAAGCUGGUUGAAGAAGAAUGUUUUAAAGCAGAGCUUGUGCGUAUGUUGUUUACUGAAGACUAAAUCCUCCAGUAGUCAAUAAUUUACGAAGAUGUUAAUCUCAAGUUAUUUGCAGUGUCCUUUCAAGGAAUCCUUAACCUUUUUUUUUAAAUUUACAUGGUUAAUUACUUCAGACUAGUCAAGAUAAAUGUCAUUAAAUUCUAGGUCCAAACCUUCCACUAAAAUCCUGCAACAAAAAACUGUAUCAUCUUUCCUUUCGUGUUCAAAUAAACUUGAGUUUGCAAACAGUGUCUUUUCAAAGGAGCUGAGCUCAUAAACCGAGAGAGCAGCUUACAACUACUGAAGAGUAAGACUUAGCUGUGAAGUUAUACCUUUAAUAGUGAAUAAGGGGGACGGGGGGGUAGAAGAAACAGAAAAACCUGCUUAUUCUUCCUAAAUCUGGCUUUACAUAGCUACUAAAGCUGUUAAGAUAAGUUUUCAGCGCCAGAGAUGUUUAAUGGCUUAUCUGUUCAGUCUUUAAGUAUGAUAAGCCAAAGGCUGACAGUCCUGGUGUCACUGAUCACGUGCUAAGGGUUAAUGGUUGCAGGACCUGCUCCUAGAAGGAUAUGAAAUAUAACAUGAAUGCAGCACAAAUACAAUCUAAAAUACGAAAAUUAAAUCCCUGGCAGCUGCCAAGAUCUGUGUUCUUACAAUAAAAACUAUACAGGAAUAAAUGGCAAAUGCUUCUCCA